AUCGAUGUUAAAUUUUGUGUAUGAAAAGUCACUUGUAAAGUGAUUAAUGGCAUGUUUUUCUUCAGAAUUUAUUUGAACUGUUCAUCAUGUAUUUGUGCUAUGUAUAAAAAGAUUUAAUGUGACGUACAGUAAUAUUGUAUUAACUUCAUUUUUCAACCAACCAUGAAACAGGACAUGACAUCCACUGAACUAAAAGAGCAAGGAAACAGACUUUUUAGCGCUAGAAAGUUUGAAGAUGCUGUGUCUUGUUACAGUAAAGCUAUUAUUUUAAAUCCUCAGAUUCCUACAUACUUUACAAACAGAGCAUUAUGUUAUCUAAAGCUUCAUCAGUGGGAACUUGCUUGCCAAGACUGUAGAAGAGCACUCGAAUUAGAUUGUACGUCAGUUAAAGGCCAUUUCUUUUUUGGACAAGCUCUACUAGAAUUAGAAAAUUAUGAUGAAGCUAUAAAAUAUUUUCAGAGAGCUAGUGAUUUAGCAAAAGAUCAAAGUCGAAACUUUGGUGAUGAUAUUGCUUGCCAGCUAAGGAUAGCAAAAAAGAAACGAUGGACAGUUCAAGAAGAUAAAAGAAUCGACCAAGAAAUUGAACUGCAAACAUAUCUGAAUAAACUUAUACUUGAGGAUAAAGAAAGGCAAUUAACAAUGUUAGAAAAUUUGGGUGUAAAAAGUAAAAAUGAAAUCUCUAGACUUACUGAAAGAUAUGAUAAUUACCAACAUGAAUUAAAUAGUAUGUUUGAAAAACUUGAUGAAAGAAGAAUGAAAAGAGAAGUGCCUGACUACUUGUGUGGGAAAAUCAGUUUUGAUAUUAUGCGUGAACCUGUAAUUACUCCUAGCGGUAUCACUUAUGACAGAAAAGAUAUUGAAGAACACUUACAGAGAGUUGGGCAUUUUGAUCCAGUGACACGUACUCCUCUUGUUCAAGAACAGUUAAUUCCAAAUUUAGCUCUUAAAGAAGUGGUUGAUGCUUUUAUUGCUGAAAAUGAAUGGGCUGUGGAAUAUUAAUUCUACUCAUUGUUCAACAUUAUAUGAGUUGCAGAAUUCAAGCGUCUGUGCACAAGUACAUCACUGGUCAUUUAUUGUUAACUUCCUAAUUUUAUAUAUUGUUCAUGUUGCAGAGUUUUAAGUAAAAAGAAAAUAUGAAUUGAAAAUUUAAUUAUUGAAUGAUGAAAAUAUGUACAAAUUUAUGCAAACAUUUAGUUUUCUGUUUUUAAAAAUCUGAGAUUCAGGUAGUAGAACCCUGGUUAGACAUUUUUCUGGAAUGUUUUCAACCAUCUUCUGAUUCUCUAAUAGUUUUUUCUUCUUUCACAAUUGCUAAAAAUAUAAAUAUUUUUAAUUCUUCCAAAACGCAUAAGAUUUCUUCUUGUAGUUAAGUCAAGGUAAUCAAAAAAAUUUUGAGUGAGUUUCCUUUGUUUAUUUAAAACUUAAAUGCUGUCUGACAUAAAAAGGUUUUUUGUGAAGUCUAAAAGGAGUUUUUUAAACAUUGUAUGUGAUAAUCAGUUGAAUUUUAGUGUUUUUAUUUUUGCAAUUUUAAUCUAUUUUUCAAGAAACUAUUAUAAAGUUACCAUCUCAUGUUUGAUGAAACAAGAGAUGGGCACUUUAAAAUGUUAUUUAUAUUAUCUGUAGUAUUGUAUAUUAAAAAGUACAGACUAUUAUUUUUUUUAUACUCAUUGGAAAUUUUAUUUAUGCAAAUAAGUUGAAUUUCUGUGUAUUUCAAAAUAACACCUACCUUUCUGCCAUGAAAAAAGGGGGAGGGGUUUUAAACAGAGUUUCCUCUGUAUUUGAUUCUUUUAAAAACUGAAUCUGGGGAAUCACCAAGUGAAAAAAAAAAUCGUAGUAAGACCAGUGAAAGUUGUCACUCUACUUUGCCUACAGUUUCAAGUAGAACUAAUGGCAAACAAUUCAUUACAAUAUGAUAGUUAAAUUUACUUCAAAUAUUUUUAAGACUGGAAUAAUUUAAGGAGUGAUUAAAAAGGGUAGCCAUCAAAAACCUGGAAAUAAAGAAUAGGCCAUGAAUGUAACAAAAAAGGCUGAGAUUUAAUUCGUGAGGAGACUUAGCAUCUUAGCAACAAUGAAUGAUUUUACAUUUGAAUUGUGAUGUCCUCAUUUGCAAGAGAAAUUUGAAUAAGCAUAGCUGAUAUUUUUUCCAAGAAAUUCCGGUAAUUCUCAACAUAUUAAGAUUGUUAAAUCUCUCAUAUUUCUUCUGAAAUACAUUUUGUAGCAUCAAUACUUUUAUUUUCAAAAUGCAAUGACUGUUAAAUAGCAGAAAUUAGUUACAAGGUAAUUUUUUCAAAAAUGAAAUACUUCUAAUUUUUUGGUCUUCUAUAUAUAGUCAAUUCGCUUGAAUAUUACUGCAACUCGAAGUUUUUAUUAAGCCUUCCUUUGUCUUUAAUUCUAUGCUAAUUAUUCUCAAUAUCUCGUAGUUAACUUCCUUUAACUCGAAGUAUAAUUCGAAAGAACGAAAAAAAAAAGAAA